AUGUUCCUCUUCGUGUGUGUCUGUGUCCACAUGUUCAUGGGUGGCCCCUGUCCGUGCGUCCCCAUCCACGUGUAUCCCCGUCUGUCUGUCCCCGUCCCUGUCCGUCUGUCCUCGGCCCGGAGCCGCUCGGGGCUGGGCCCGGGGGUCCGGCGGCCCCGGGCGGGGCGGGCGCGGCGGGCGGGGCCGGCGGCGGGGCGGGAUCGGCUCUGCGGCGGCCGCACCGCACCGAGCCGUGCCGUGCCGCACCGCGCCGAGCCCCCGCCGGGCCGGGCCGAGCCCCGCCGCACCGAGCCGAGCCCCGCCGCGCCGGGCGGACCGGAGCCCCCGCUCCGGGGCCGCCCCGGGCCGGGCCAUGCGCUGAGGCCGCCUCGCAGCCCGCAGCCAAGGGCGGAUCCUGGGCAGGACACGCAGUGACAGCAUCCGCAGGGCAAGAUGCCGGAGCAGAGCAACGAUUACCGGGUGGUGGUGUUCGGUGCUGGUGGCGUGGGCAAGAGCUCACUGGUGCUGCGCUUUGUGAAGGGGACCUUCCGGGACACGUAUAUCCCCACCAUUGAGGACACCUACCGCCAGGUCAUCAGCUGUGACAAGAGCGUCUGCACCCUGCAGAUCACCGACACCACAGGCAGCCACCAGUUCCCAGCCAUGCAGCGCCUCUCCAUCUCCAAGGGCCAUGCCUUCAUCCUGGUCUUCUCUGUCACCAGCAAGCAGUCCCUGGAGGAGCUGAAGCCCAUCUACCAGCAGAUUGUGCAGAUCAAGGGCAGUGUGGAGAGCAUCCCCAUCAUGCUGGUGGGCAACAAGUGUGACGAGACCCAGCGGGAGGUGGAAAGCAGGGAGGGGGAGGCCAUGGCCAAGGAGUGGAAAUGCGCCUUCAUGGAGACCUCAGCCAAGAUGAACUACAAUGUCAAGGAGCUCUUCCAAGAGCUGCUGAACCUGGAGAAGAGGAGGAAUGUGAGCCUCACCAUCGAUGGGAAGCGCUCCAGCAAGCAGAAGAGGACAGACAAAAUCAAGGGGAAGUGCAGCAUCAUGUAAAGCCCCAGACUGGCCCGCACCCCCCCUCCAGUUCACCUCCCUCUUCCCCAUGGCUGGAUGUGGCAUCGCAGCGGGGCCAUCCCCUCGUCCUCUGUGCCAUCACUGUGACUGUGUGGGGACACUGCGGCGCACUAGUGGCAUGGGCUGCGCUCGCCUCAGGUCUUGGGGUGAAGAUGGGGCAUCCCAACGAGCUGAGGGGUGCUCGACCGCCCCACGCUCGGCACAACGGGACCAGGGACACGCAGCCAGGCACCACUGGGGAGCACAUGGAUGCACACACACCCCCCUCCGCGUUCUCUGCAGCACAACUGGCGGCACCGGCUGGUCCCGUUCCUGUCCCCUCCCUGGUGGGAGUCCCCACAUUGGUCCUCGUGGUGGGAAGGACGGUGCAGCAUGAGGGUGUCGGUGUCACCCCUGGGGACAGUCACUCGCGUCCCAGUUGCUCCGCGCACCCCUGUCUGCACGCCAUCGCGCUCUGCUCCUGCAGGCAGAGACCUGGGGUAGGAGCAGCCCCUGCUCGGUGCCCGCUCACCCCUUGCCCCCAGCCCUGCCCCGGCACCGUGGCCCCUCCUGCCCCUCGCAGCCCCUUGCCCCCUGCCCAGUUCUGGUGCCGCAGCCAGGAGCCACCAGUCCAAGCACAAAGCAUCGGGUCCGAGGGAGGUCCUGACCCAGCACAAUCCUGGUGAGCUCCGGUGGGAGACCCCCGGCCCCCCCGCCGCUGCCCCGUGAGCCCCACAGCCUGGCUGGGCCGCGAUGCCGCAGCGAUGGGCGCUGCUGCUCCCUGCCGGUGGGCGGCGUGUCCCCCCAUCCUGCAGUCCCUGCUGCAGGGUGGCCUUUGGCCCCACACCCUAGGGACCCCCAACACCCCACCCCCAGCUCUGGUGCAGCCCUGCUUGUUCCCCCGUGGCCGGAGUGGGGUCCCCGCGCUGUCACCAGCCCCUCAUCCCAGCGAGGUUUGUCCCCUUGCUCCGGCCCUGCUCACCCUGUGCCAGGGCCCCUGGGGCUGUCCCCAAGGGCGUGUCCCUGGACAGGGUGAGCCCCCCCCGCGCCGCUGUGCCCAGCUCUCCGCACCCUUGGCUUUUUACAACAUGACCUGAGCACCCAGGGGACGAGGUGACGUUAUGAUGUAGCCUUUAUUCUAGAAAUAGUCUUCCUUCAAUAAAGAGAUGAGAAAUGC